UCAGCAUCUCUGCCUUCUCUCUCAGAAGAAUUUGCUAUUUAUAGCUCUGCUUUGCUCCGUUAGAACAUAAUCAAAACCAUCCUCCCUCCACAUGAGAACUCAUCCAGCGGCAUUAACCCUCCCCGGGGAACACUUCCCAAGAUUUGCGAUUCAGCCAUCCGAAACGCCUCUGCAGCGGGAACCUCUGGCAGCGGCGGGGCGGGCGGCGCUCGGUGCAGGCUCAGGCUCAGGCUCAGGCUCAGGCUCAGGCUCAGGCUCAGGCUCAGCCCGGCACAGCCCGGGCUCUCCUCUCCUCUCCUCUCCUCCCGCUGCACAGCAGCCUGCUCAGCCCAACGCCCCCCGAGUCAUUUCCUGCCCCGCGGGGACUGCUCGGGAAGGUCCUGCGGAGCAGGAGCGGAGCGCUCCGGCAGCCGACACCCAACGGAGGACGAUGAACUUCUGCAUCGCGGUGCUCCUGGUCCUUCACUCCUUGCCGGGGAAGGUGGAGCUCGAAGAUGACUUGGAGGACAUUGGACAGGAUUUAUACGACUACAUGGCUCAUUUAAGCAAUUACUAUUAUUCCACAGAAGAUUAUUACUAUGACAACAUCACGGCAACCCCUGCCACAUACGUGUACGAGUUGGAUUCAUAUGAGACAAGCACCUUUGGAGAUGUGGAUUGGGAGAAGCUGUUUUCAGAACAGAAUGUCACCACCAAGGUUUCUGGAUUACCAAACACAAAUGCUCCAGGGGAUUCCAGGGGUACUAAGGACACUCAGGAUUCCCAGCAGUCAUUUGGAUCGUCCCUGCAGGGCCACCUCACCCUCAUCAUCCUCCUCAGCUUCCUGGGUCUCCUGCUAUGACCCUCAGACUCCUCCUCCAAAGGUACUCUGGGAUUUCAACACUCACUCAAAGUGUGUCCUUUAACCCAGGGAAAUCCAAUUCUUUCUGAAGCAGCAACUUUCCAAAACAAUGGAAAGAUAACAAACCCUUCCAGGCAUCCAGCUGUGAUGCCAGGGAACUCACGAGCAGCUCUGAUCAACACUGAUGGCUGGGAGAGGCUUUCCAGCUGGCAUUUGGUGGGUGCAACCAGGCACCUCCCGCUGCUCAUCCACCCAAAUACCCUGUUCCGUAAAACCCUGGAAUGGUUUGGGUUGGGAUGAACCUCACAGACCAGCUGGUUUCACCCUCCUGCCCAGGUUCCUCCAAAGCUCCAUCCCACCUGACCAACCUUUUCCCACAGCUGGAGCUCUCCAACAUCCCAGGAAUACCGACCCCCGUCCUGCCACACUCUGGAACCUGCUCACCUUUUUCCCUUGUUCCAGCCACAGUGGCUGGGAUGGUGACCAGGACACUGUCACGUUGACAAUGACACGCUCUCCAUGAGGUGUUGUCUCUGCUCUGGAACUGCUGAGACUUUGUGUCUGAAGGUUUUGGUGGAGGGAUGGUGCUGCCCCGCAGCGUCAGCACGGAGAGCUCUGCAGCACUUCAGUUCCUUCCUGUUUCCUUGGAUUCCGCUGUAAAUAAAAACCUCUGCCAAUAAAAUCCCCAGCACACGUCUCUCGUGGUAAAUAAUAUGUAACCACCAACAGAACUGGAGUAACAAACAUAAACAACGCGUGCAGUGCUUGUCCCAUCAGAAGGAUCUUCUCGAGCCUCUGCACCUAGCCUGGAGCUUCCAACUUUGUUUCUUCCAGAACUGCUCUUCACACUGUGUAUUUUACAGAAACACCCACAAUAUCUGGGUGUGAUGAGAAGCUGGACCAGAAAACCUUCCCCAACCCCUACAGAAAGAGCAAACUGUUGCAGAAAUAAGUGGUUUUAGCCAAGAAAUCAGAGUCAAAUUCCUUUUUGGGGGAAAAAAGUGCAAUCCCACACUCAGUGCCUAUGUUGCUUUUCCUUGGGAGAGUUAACAGGAAGGAGGGAUGGAAAUCUGGUGUAUCCAGGUAACCCUACAGGACAAAAGAGACUGAGUCUAGCCAAGGGAUGUUGAGUCAGGCCAAUAGGAGAUUUAUGGUGUUCACAGUCCCCAGAGCCCUCAGCUCCCUCAGACACUUCCCAAACACCAGGAGCAGGUACGACCCAUCCCGCCCAUGGAGCAGCAGGGCCCACCCCGCCCUGUGCCACCAUUCCCAGGUUAUCCAGACCUCCAGCCUUGGAAAGAAGACUUUUGAUUCAUACCAAAGCUAAAAGGCUUGAAACAGGUUCAGAAGUGUCCAGAGGAGUGAGACCGGAUGCGCUGCCUGGCAGUGCCACCUCCUGGCUCUGUGCUGCCAUAAAGCUAGACUGAAAAAAGCCAAGAACGCCCCAGAAAACUAUUCAGGAUCACACAGCAGUGAGAUUUCCAACCCUGGAGUGGAGUAAAAAGCAAAUAAAGGAAAAUUAAAGAUGUG